CACACUAAUUUGAGUUGUGGGUCCACAACAUCAAACACAUCUUCUUUUGCGUGGAGUGGAUGUUCAUAAAGAUCAUGGAAACAAAGCAGCUCUGAAUUAUUCUGCAUUUACUUUCAACGAGUUGGAUGAUUAAAGUAAGACCGAAACUCCGAAACCGAAAAGGAAUGAAGAUCUUCUUUGGUGGUUCAUGGAAAGAAGGUCAUGCCUAUAAAUCACCGUCAAACGGAUGCUAAUUAUACUCUCCUCUUCCUGGUGAAUUAAGUACAUUCUUUUCCGCAUCGCGCGGGUCAAAUGUUCCGUGAGAAACCUAGUUAAUAAGUUCUGAUAAGGAACUUAAUAACAAGCAGAUCCGGAGGAACCGCAUUCUGUCGGAAAAGCAUCGGCUUAAAUAACAGCUGAUACUUUUCUUUAUCACCAAUAAAUAGCGCUUUCUUUAGUCUAAAAUCUAGAUAUUCUCAAAGAAUUCUGCCUUUUUACAGCAAAGCUUAAAAAUAAAAUUCUACAUUAAUGUUCCCUUAAUUUCCAUCGAGGUUCAUGACGUCACGUGGACGGAGACGUCGUUGACGGGAACUCACGUCCUCCUCUGAAGUCAUAAUGUGACGGCCAGCUGUCAGGGAAAGAUGAGCGUCUCAAGACAACAAUCGAAUAACAAGCUGGUGAAGUGGGAGAGGAAAAAAAGCAAAAACAACAACGCAGGCCCUCGGAGUGUUCAUUAUGGUCUGCACAAUCAGGGCGCCACGUGUUACCUCAACAGUGUCCUGCAGGUUCUCUCCAUGACAACAGAGUUCCAAGACAGGCUGGAGUCCAAAUCGCAGGCCACGGAUAACGAGCUGAAAACCCUCUUUAACAAUCUAAAGAAAGGCACGUGUGGAACCGAAAAGAUCACAGAGAUCUUGGGGGUGGAGAACGUUCACCUGCAAGGUGACGCAGCUGACUGCCUGGUGACCAUUCUGCGCAAGAUCAGCCCACAGGCCUCUGAGGUCUUCAAAGGAGAGCGGACCGACACCAUAAAAUGCUGCAAAGGUCACACCAUCAACGAGGAGAUCGACCCGUUCUGGUACCUCUCCCUGGCGCUGGAGGACACCGACGACGCGUCCCACAGCGUGGAAAGGGGCUUCGAGAGGAUCUUCAGGUCUCGAGUGCUGGACGGAGACACGGUCCACUGCGGCGCCUGCGGAGAGGAAACCAAGGCGACCUGCGAGAGCGCCAUGGUGUCGUAUCCUCAGAUCCUCAGUCUUCUCAUCCAGAGGUUCAUCUUCGACAACAACACCAAGGCCCACUUCAAGUCGAGCCGCCGCGUGGACGUGCCGCGGAAGCUCCAGAGAGACCACAAGAAGUACGAGGUGUACGCCGUGGUGAGUCACGUGGGCAGCCUGCAAGGCGGACACUACACGGCCAGCGUGCGGAGCGACGGCGACGGCGCCUGGUACGAGUUCAACGACGCCAACGUCCACAAGAUCAAAGAGCAGCCGUUUGCAGAAAGCGAGACUUACAGUUCCAGCACAGCCUACCUGCUCAUGUACAGAGAAGCGCAAACCAACCGUGACCAGGUGGCCGUAAACAUCGACGGGGACGCGAUCCAAAACGUCCCCCCGCAGCGAACCGAAGCGCCCAUUCCGCGGCGAGGAGGACGGGGCGAUAAGAGUUCUCGGCCACUCGCCAAGUGUCCGACUUGCAGGGUGACUCCUCUGUGGAUUUCCGUCAUCGUUGUUGUUUUUGUGUCGGUCCUGGUACUCGUUGUUGUUUUAUCAGUAGUGUGCAGUAGGAAGGGAUCAUGUUAGCACUGAACAGGAAUGUUAUUGAUGAACUUUACUUCUUGGUAUGCAACGUACUAAGGUGUCACCUGGAAUGUUUCUCUAUAAGCACUACGCUUGUUUAGUAUCACUGAAUAACAUUUAUUAGAAAAUCUUGUUCACUAAUUUGCUGGUCUUUUAAAAUGUUAUUUUUUUAUUCAAUUAAUUACCACCCCCCGCU